AUGGGUGCUAGUACGGACCCCUCGUGGGUUUCGUUUCUGGAUCCAUAUGUUUGGCUGGACUAUUUUCAUAUUCUUGGAUGGUACGCAUGUUCACCUUUUGUAUGGCUUGGAAUUUAUACGUGGAUCAUCUGGCGACGUGUUGAGGCUAGAAGGAAGAUUGGUAGAAAAACUUUUCUAUUCGCCAAAACUGUCCUUCCAAUUGUUUUCACAGUUUUCUGCGCUUCCGGACAUUUGCAUUUAUCAUUGGACCACCCAAUCAAAGAAUUCCUGCUUUAUGUUUUCGCAAUAUCUGUUCACAUUUUGAUAUUUGUGGGAAUAUUGAUUAUACAACCUGCGAAGGAGAAAUUGGAGCAUCGGAAUUCGGAUUUAUGGAUUAUCCACUACCUAAUUCUCAUCACUUCCUGGUGUCUUGUUCAAUGGUUUCUAUAUUUCUACUUCCCACCUGUAAAUAUCCCUUUUGAAAUGGACGAUGGAGGAAAACGAUUCGCCGAAGUUCUAACUUGCGCUCUUUCCUUGUCCAUCCCUGCUCUGGUGCUUGUGCUGAUUGCCGAGUCUGUGCUCUGCUUUAGAGCACCAUGUCUUGUUUAUAAAAAAGAUGGCGUGGAUACCGGAGGUUUCUUUUUGAUUCAUGACGAAUGGUUGGAGAUAGUUCGAGAAUCUUACGAAGUGAAUGUACCAGUGAAUCCAAAAAGGAAAAUUAUAGUGUCAGCUGCAGAAGGUCCAAGAAGAACGUUUAGAAAUAAGAAGAAUAAGAAGCACAAGCAGAAGAAAUGA